UGCCCACCGGCAUAAAACCCAAAAGCAGGAAGAAGGAGAAGAAGGAGAAGUCAAACUGAACUCGCACACUGCGGCUGCUCGUACUGUUGUUGUAGGAAAAAUGGCGGCACUGCUGCUGCAGGAGUUGGAACCCUCUGAGAUUUCAAAGCUACCAAAAACGGUUCAAAACAAGCUCGAGAAGGUUUUUUCGGAUCAGCAGUAUGAAAUCGAUUCUUUGAAAGCGCAACAAGAACAGUUUCGAGUUGACAGCGAGCAACACUUCUUCGAAAAAGUUAAACAACUUGCUCAGUGCCAAGAAAAAUGUUUAUCCACGACUCAAGAACAUCUUAAACUCAAAGAUGAGUUUGCCAAGCAAGUGGAAGAUGUUAAAAGCUUGCGUGAGAAGAACAGGGAAUAUGAAUCUUCGCAAGAGAGGCUGUCAUCAGAGCAGACUUUGCUGUCAAAAGCCAAAGAGGAAUUGGAGGCAGAAAAGCGUGAGCUUUUGAGGACACUGGAGAAGAGAUCCUUACAAGUGGAGCAUUUCAAUGAUGACUUCAGGCAACUCAAUGAUAAGUUGGCUGAGGUCAACACCUCCAAGAUGGCGCUGCAGAUGAAGUUGGAUGAACUUGAAUCGGCUGAAGUCAACAUCAAAUACAAGGAGAAGCGUAUGGAACAAGAGAAGCUGCUGCUGAAUGGCCAAACAUCUUGGCUGAAUGGGGAAUUGAAGGCUAAGAGUGAGGAACUGCUGUCCCUAUCCCGACAGAAGGGAAACGACAUCCUGGAGCUGAAGUGCAACCUGGAGAACAAGGAAGAUGAGUUGAAUAGACUCAAAGACCAAGUGGCCAGUUUGAAGUCUUCAAAUGAACAACUUCAGAAACAGAACGAGGACAUGAUCAGCAAACUAAGAGAAGCCAAGGAACAACAAGCCACCAUGGAGGAAAAGUACAGAAAUGAGCUGAAUGCCAACAUUAAACUUUCCAAUCUAUACAAGGGAGCAGCAGCGGAUUCUGAGGCAAAAAGUGACGAGCUGACUCUGGCAGUGGAGGAACUGCAUAAACUCCUGAAGGAUGCUGGAGAAGCCAACCAGGCUCUUGAGGAGAAGUUGCAGGAUAUGAAUGGUGCCACAGACAAGAGUGUUGCUGAGCUAAAUGAGAGGAUCCAGGUUCUCGAGAAAGAGCUGGACAAUACCAACGAGCUGCUAUCAAGUUCCACACUUAGAGGUCCUAUUAGUUCAGCAUCUGUGAUAACAGAAGCACAGCUUUCAACAAUGUCUCCAACAGCAGCUGCUGUGUCCAAAAUCAAGCCUGGCAUGAGGCUGACAGAGUUGUAUACAGCAUAUUUGGAGAGCCAGGAGCAUCUGCAGCUGGAGCGAUUGGAGAACAAGCGGGUCAACAAGUACCUGGAUGACAUUGUGCAGGAAGUGGAAGCCAAAGCCCCUAUCCUCAAACGGCAGAGGGAUGAACAUGAGCGCAUGCAAAAGUCGGUGGCAAGCCUUUCUGCUAAGCUGGAGCACGCUGUUAUGGAAGUUCACCGUCUGCAGAAGGAAGCCGAUGAAGCUAACAAACGCUCAUCUGUUCUGGAAAGAGACAACCAGAGAUUUGAACUGCAGCUAGGAGACAUGGCUCAGCAAGUGCGUGUGCUGCUCAUCGAGCUGGAAGAGGCUCGUGGAAACUAUGUGCCUCAUGAGGACGAUGGGAGCUCAGCUGAUGUCAGCAGCACAUCAGAAGUGAUCAGCCAACACUUGGUGACCUUCCGCGGUGUGGAGGAGCUGCAGAAGCAAAACCAGCGUCUUCUGGUGGCCCUCAGGGAGCUCAGUGAGGCCCAGGAGAAAGAGGAGAUUGAGACCUCUGGCAGCAAGCGUGGUGAACUGGAGCAGAGUUUGGGUAAAGCCCAGGUAGAGCUGGAGUCUCUGAGGGAGCAACGCGGCCAACAGAUAAAGAUGACUGAGUCCAUCGUGAGGCAGAGGGACAUGUACCGUGUGCUGCUGGCUCAGGCAACAGGAGUCAGCUUCCCUCAGCAAGGCACACCACCUGAGGAUUUCUCCCUGACCUCCACCCCCGGACGCUCACCAGCAGCCAUUCCCACCUCAGGAACACCCACUGCACUUGUAUCCAUGACAACAGAUUCUACUGAAGCCUUAGAAGCCAAGGCAGCUUUGCGUCAGUUGCAGGAGGUGUUCUCCACCUAUAAGAAGGAGCGCAUGGAGAGUGACAAGUUAGUGACUGGGCAGGGCGAGAAGCUCCAGGAGCAGCUCUCCGACCUCCACUCCCAGAAUGCUAAGAUAUCCACUCAGCUGGAGUUUGCCUCAAAGCGGUAUGAGAUGCUGCAGGACAAUGUUGAGCGCUACAGGAAAGAGAUUGCUUCCCUCAGAGAGAGAGAACAGAAGACGGCUGCUGCCGCACAGAAGCACGAGCAGACCAUACACUCUUUGAAUGAGGAUUUGAGAGCUGCCAAAGAGAAACUAUCCAUGGCUGAGGGCCAUGCUCAGAGCAUGCGUAAGGAGAGAGACAUGCUGAAACUGGUGGAGUCCAGGCUGAAUCAGCAGAAGGAGUCACUGCAGAGCCAACAACAGAGCCAGAACAUGCUGAUGACCAACCUCCAUGCCAUUCAGGCCACUCUUGAGCGUUCAGAGACUGAUACACGUCAGCGUUUGAGUGACCAGUUGGAGAAGCAGGAACGAGAGAUCUCCCAGCUGCAGAAGAGGCUGGAGAGCGAGGUGGAACAGCGCCACCUGCUCAGCAGAAACCAGGAGAUCCAUCUGAUGGACGCAAAGAGGCAGCUGGAGAUACAGGCUCCGUUACACCAGAAGACCAAAGAGCUGCUGAAUGCUGCAGAGUUUGAGCUCAAAACCCUCAGAAUGCAACUCGGCAGCAGCGAAGUACGUCACUCCCUGAGCUCCCCAUCCACGCCUGUUCUCAGAGGCUUACCAGGUUCAGAUCAAGACCGGGAGGAGCUAGAGGGCCGCCUGCGGCUGGCUGAAACCCAAGCAGAGGAGCUGGCAGAGAGCCUCAGGGCCGCCACCUCCAGCAUGGAGCAGUACAGAGCCAUGGCUCAGAGCAUGGAGGAAUCCCUGGACAAAGAGAAAAAGGUGACAGAGCAGGCACGCUCGUCCAUCGAAACCCGUUUGAUGGAGGCUGAGAAGCAGCACCAAAAGCUGGAGGAGAAACUUCUGGAGGCGGAGAAAGAGAAACAAAAUUCAGAGGACCAGAAGAGAAGAGCCCUGGCCUCUCUGGAGGAGCAGAUGGAGAGUCUCAGGAGGAGUCUCAGCAGUGCCCAGGCUGAGCACCAGGCGGUGCUGCAGCGUGUGGCUGUAGCCGAAGCUCAGCAGCAACAAGCUCUGCAAGACAGCCUGGAGCAGGCUAAGCUGGCAGCCGAAGCGCAAGACAAGUAUGAGCAGGAGAUGUUGCUGCAUGCGGCCGACGUGGAGGCUCUGCAGACCGCUAAGGCUCAGGCCCUGCAGGCCGUGGAGCUCCGCCUGCAGCUGGACGAGAGAUCCCAGAGGGUCGGUGCUGAGCUGCUGGAGGCCAGGGUCUCCUGGGAGGAGCAGGAAAAGAUCAUCAAGGAGGAGAUGGCGAAGAUGGAGAGCCGUCACGAUGAGUUGCAGAAGCAGAACACUCUCCUGCAUGAGCAGAUCCAGACCAUGAGCAGGAAGAUGGCCGACACUCUGCAACGUGCUAUGAAUGAGAGUCCCAUGAACAUCUCCCUGACUGAGGAGGGCAAAUCUCAAGACCAAGUCCUUGAGAUUCUCAGGUUUGUGCGUCGGGAGAAGGAGAUUGCAGAGUCUCGUUUUGAGGUCGCCCAAGGGGAGACCUUGCGUCACCGCCUGAGGGUGGAGCACCUGGAACGAGAGCUGAAGGAGAUGCAGGACAGCUUGAGUGCCGCAAAGGAGAGGAUGCAGGUCACAGCGAAGACCCUGGCGCAGCACGAUGAGCUGAUGAAGAAAACUGAAACUAUGAGCAUCCUGAUGGAGACCAACAAGAUGCUGAGAGAGGAGAAGAACAAGAUGGAGCUGGAACUUCAACAAACUCAAGCAAAAUUACAAAAGCUGCAGUCAGACAUCAUGCCACUACAGCAGGCCAACUCUGAGCUGAGCGAGAAGAGUGGCAUGCUGCAGGCGGAGAAAAAGAUACUGGAAGAGGACAUCAAGCGCUGGAAAGCUCGGACCCAGCAUUUGGUGAGCCAGCAAAAGGAUUCGGAUCCAGAAGAGUACAAGCGUCUGCACUCGGAGAAGGAGGUACAUCUGAAACGCAUUCAGCAGCUCACUGAGGAGAGUACCCGACUCAAAGUAGAGGUUGCCAGGACGAAUACUCUCACAGUGUCUCUGCAAAGCCAGAUACAGAAUUUGCGUGACAAUAUGAGUAAAAUAAAUGAAGCCAAGAACCAGGAACUCCUGGAGAAAGUGCGAACUAUCACUCAGGUCAAGAAAAUUGGACGUCGCUACAAGACUCAGUAUGAUGAACUCAAGGUGGAACAUGACAAGUUGGUGGCUGAGGCGGCAGCAGGCCCAUCCCAAGAAGAGGAGGCUCGUCAGGCCUCGGUUCAGGAGCUGCAGAGCCUCAGAGACUCUCUGAGCCAGGCUGAAGCAAAGACCAAAGAGCUAGAGGGGCAGCUGGAGAACAUCAACAAGGUGGUUACGGAGCGUGAGACUGAAGGGCGAAACGCCCAGGAACAGGCCUCCAGGCUGCAGGCAGAGCUGACCAGGCUGAGGCAGGAGCUGCAGGAUAAAUCCACUCAGGAGGAAACGCUGAGGCAGCAGAUGACUGAGAAGGAGGACAAGACCAGGAAGGCCAUCGUUUAUGCCAAGCAGAAGAUCAACCAUCUCACAAACUCCAAAGACCAGCUUCAGAAGGAAAAUGAGGAACUGAAGCAACAGCGUGAGGAGCUGGAGGUGCGAGUGAGCGCUCUCAAGUCUCAAUACGAGGGCCGCCUGAGUCGACAGGAGAGAGAGCUGAGAGACCUGCGAGGCCAACAGGAGAGACAGGAGCAGAGAGACGAGCCGGCCGAGGCGGGGCCCAGCAAGACCCAGGAACAGCAGAGGAGCACAGAACAGAGACAGAUCAGUCUGAAGACCACCCCAGCGGCAGACAGGGGCAGUGCCAGCACAUCCGAGCCUCCAACAGCCAACAUUAAGCCCACACCUGUGGCGACAGGCAGCAAGCAGCCUGUCAAUCCUGGGAACAAACCCACUCCGAGAGCUAGCAUCCGGCCCAUGAUUACCCCAGCCACUGUGCCCACGCCAACACCCACGGCUACUGUCAUGCCAACCACACAGGUGGAGAAUCAGGAAGCCAUGCAGAGUAGCGAGGGCCCCCCGGUGGAGCAUGUGACGGUGUACGGCAGCGCCAGCGGCUCGGUGCGCUCCUCCAGCCCCAACGUUCAGACCACCUUAGCGAGCCCCAUGCUGAAUGUGCAGCAGACCCAGACGCAGGCCACAGCCUUUGUCCAACCAACUCAACAACAAAGCGUGAGCCAUGCAGAGCCAGCCAAUCAGGAGCCACUACCCGUGGUCAUCGAGGCAACACCUAGCUCGCAGGUGGAAUGGCCUUCAACGUCCUCCAGCUCCUCUGUGUUUGGGACUGUUUCAGCAACGCCAGGGAGCUCCAUGUCAAAGAGGCCUCGGGAGGAGGAGGAGAGCACCACCAUGCUCAAUGACACAGAUUCCACCCAUGAGGAUACCUCCCGGGCUCCUAUACCUAAGAAGCUACGCAUCAUCCAGAUAGUGGGUCCUGAGGAGGAGGUGCUGGCCGGGGACAGUGCUGAGGCUGAGGUGCCAACAGACAGUCAAGACGGUGCCGAAGCAAACCAGACGGAGGAGUUUCAAGAACUGGACGAAGGAGAUGAGGGUGCUGGCUCCCAGUCCGUCAUGAUGGAGCAAGAGGUCACCCUGUCCCAAAGUGGCACCCCUGAACCGCUGCUGCACGAAGUAAUCGUCAUAGUAACAGACACAGAAAGUGAGGAAGAACAGGAAGAUGAGGAUGAAGAGGAAGAAGAGCAGGAUUACGAAGAGGAGGAGGAAGAAGAGGAGGAGGAAGAUGAAGAGGACGAGGAGGAAGAGGACGAGGAGGAAGACGACGGAGAGAUGGUGGAGGAAGGAGAGGACAGUAACGAGGGCAGCGGAGACGGCAACGAGGCCUACGAAGGAGACGACACAGAGGGAGCUGAUGUAACGGACCCGGGCACGGAGACAGAGGAAUGUUUGGGGGCGUCUGACUCCACCCAGAGGCCGGCAGAUUCCCAGACAGCCAGCUUUGAGGGCACUGCAAUGGAGGCCUUCUCUACUGAUCAACCUAUCAUAAGCUCUGGUUCUCGGAUGCCCCAAUCUCCACGGAGACCAACACAACAGCUGCCCUCUCGAAUGAGCAUCGCCCUGACAUCAGACCUGGGACCACAUGCUCAGCGUAACCCUGUCCGUCGUCAGUCAGUGGGAAGAGUUCCUCAGCUCACCCCCGGGGUGCAGGGCACUUCUCAGCAUUUCUUUGUUGAUGAUGACAGUAUAGUGCCCUGCACCCCCACUCUGGUGGUGCCGCACCGCUCGGAAGGACUUGACAAUUCUUCCCAAGUGGCUGGUGUGCCUCGCUUCAGGUUUGGUUUUUCAGACGACAGCCCUCAGACCAGCUCGUCCUCACACUCUGACCUGGGACAUCUCGCAUCACAAGGAGGUCUUGGGAUGUUUGAAAGUCCCUUGUUCCUAGCACCUCAUGAAGAGGAGUCGGGUGGACGCAGCGUUCCCACCACACCAUUACAAGUUACAGCCCCAGUAAAUAUCUUCUCAGAGGCUCAGUCCGACUCCACUGAGCACGCCUCUCAGUCGGUUCCCAUAGUGAGCAUGUCCACGCCAGGAGGCGCCGGCUCAGUGGAGGACAGGGACGACGCCCUCCUGGAGCCAGACUCUGAUCGGCCCAGUGGAGAUAUGUCAGGAGAUUCAGUGGUCUCUCAGGGGGAUGUGGAGGAGUCAGGUCAGCAGUCUGACAAGGCCAGCCUCCCCUCCACCAGCCAGGAGCCCCCCUCCAGCUCCGCAGAUACAAGCAGUGGUCCACCUCGACCCUCCAGACCUGGAUCCAGCAGACAGCUGCAGCGCUGGCCCGAGCACCGUGGGGGCCGCAUGAAGAGAGGAGCAGCCUGUGAGGUGCCAAGGUGGCCUAGGGGCUCAAGGCUGUCCAUGAACCACAACCACCAUUUUUCUGGUCAGGGAUUUCCUUCUCGGGGUUUACACGGAAGACGAUUUGCGAGAUGAAGCACUAAUCAGAGGACUUGGCGACGGACGUGACUGCAGUAGUUCUCAUUCUCUUUUAGAAACACAUUACACAUUUUCUAAUCGGCGUGCUCAGAUUCUGUAUUCAGCUUUGAUGGUGUUUAUUUGUUCUGAAGCCUGUUGUUUUUAGUUUUGUUUUUGAAUGUACUUUAAAGUACCUUUUUGUAACCAGUCCAUGCUGGAGCGGUGUGUUUUAUGAAGAAUGUAAUAAAACUAUAGGUAAACAAAA